AAAUACAUUUGAUUAAGAUAGAAAUGUUAAAUACAGUAAUAUUUGCUAUGAAGUAAAGUAUUAUUACUGACGUGAGUGUCAAGUUCCUGAGACCGUGAGCAAAAUAAACAAGAUGGCGGUAGCGACAGUACUGCAUGAGUGUGAGGUGCGAUAGUGAGGUUGGUCUAGAGUGUGUUGCCGCCACAGCCCCCACCAUGGACAGUGGCAGCCAGACAUCCCCCUCCAGCAAGCAGGUGUGCAAGAGGACCCAGUAUGAAGACCCAUUUGCCCUUCACUCCCUCCUCUCAAGCUCAGGGAGCCUCCUUGACAAUGAAAACUCCCUCUUUAUGGGGCAACUCCUUCCCCCUCUUCGUGGCAUUGAGGACCAGUGUGAGGGGGGCAACACGGGGCGCACUGGGGGCCGGGGCAGCACUGGGGGAGGGGUGUUGCAGCCUUCCAGUGCCCCCACCUCCCCCCAGCACCGCCAUACCAGUGCCACCUCACCCCCGCCUCUCUCCCCUGUGCCCCUUGGUGCUUCAGCUGCCUCCACCUCCUCAGACCCCAAUUUCCACGCCACCAGUCUGAGGGAGAGGAACGCGGCAAUGCUCAACAAUGAACUCAUGGCAGAUGUGCAUUUUGUGGUCGGUCAGCCAGGCAGCACACAGAGGAUCCCAGCCCACAAGUACGUGCUGGCAGUGGGCAGCAGUGUCUUCUAUGCCAUGUUCUACGGGGGACUCAAGUCAGAGGAGGAGGUGCAGGUACCUGAUGUGGAGCCCUCAGCCUUCCUUACCCUGCUCAGGUACCUGUAUUGUGAUGAGAUCCGGCUGGAGCCCGACACAGUGCUGGCCACACUGUAUGCAGCCAAGAAGUACUUGGUGCCACACCUUGCCCAGCAAUGUGUCAAGUUUCUGGAGGUAUCACUCACAGCUCGGAAUGCCUGCCUCCUCCUCUCACAGUCCCGCUUGUUUGAGGAGCCUGAACUGAUGACAAGGUGCUGGGAGGUUAUUGAUGCACAGGCUGAGAUGGCACUGCAGUCUGAUGGGUUUGUUGACAUUGACUUUCCCACCUUGAUGAGUGUGCUGUCACGGGAGACGCUCAACUGUCGGGAGAUUGUGCUCUUUGACGCUGCUCUCAACUGGGCUGAGGCGGAGUGUGUCAGGCAGGAACUGGAGCUGAACCCAGAGAACAAGAGAAAGGUGCUGGGUCAGGCAAUGAAUCUGAUCCGUAUCCCGUGCAUGGAGCUGGCAGAAUUUGCCAAUGGAGCCGCCCAGUCAGGCAUCCUCACGCUGCAGGAGACCACGGAUCUUUUUCUGCACUUCACGGCGCGCAACAAGCCCAGUGUGUCCUACCCCAUCAAGCCAAGGCAGGGACUCAAGAAGCAGAUCUGCCACAGGUUUCAGUCGUCAGCGUACCGAAGCAACCAGUGGCGGUACCGAGGCCGGGUGGACUCCAUCAACUUCAUGGUGGACAAGAGGAUAUUCAUCGUUGGUUAUGGCCUGUAUGGGUCAUCCAGUGGCGCAGCAGACUACAACGUGCGCAUCGAGCUGAAGAAAUAUGGAGAGGUCCUGGCAGAGAGCACCACCAAGUUCUUCUCGGACGGCUCCUCCAACACCUUCCACGUGUACUUCACUCACCCGGUGCAGGUGGAGCGGGAUGUGUACUACACUGCCUCUGCCAUCCUGGACGGGGCAGAGCUCUCCUACUUUGGGCAAGAAGGCAUGAGUGAGGUAAACAUGGGGGCACUCACCUUCAUGUUCCACUGCUCCUCAGAAAGCACCAACGGCACAGGGGUCCAGGGCGGCCAGAUCCCAGAGCUCAUAUUCUAUGGCCCCACCUUGGAGGCCUCGGACAAGUAGCCGAAUAGGCCGAGUCUCUUCCGCUAGAGAUGGCCCGUGUAGCAUAUACAAUGGUUAUACCAUUGAUUGUAUUAUAGUUGUAAGGACACCAGUCACUGGUGGAACCAAUCUUCCUUCUGCAGAGCAAGCUUCAGGAAAAUAUUAACUCUGUCAAUUC